AUGACGCCCCCGCCGCUCCUCUUUCACGCCCUCCUCCGCCCCGCGGUUCUCCAGAUCCUGCGCGCAACAGGCUACCACGCAGCGCGUCCCGUCGUACUCGACUCCCUGACAGAACUGGCGGCCAAAUACAUGUUAGCGCUAUGCCAGGCGACGGCACGCCACGCCGCGGAUAACAACCCGGAGGGCGAUGCGCCGGGCAUCGUGGACGUCCGCAUGGCACUGCAGGAGCUCGGCGCCGUACCGCCGGACGAUGUCAGCGCCGAGGGGAGAGGCUCUAUACUGGGGGAGAUAUUCGACGAUGUAAUGGACGGGGCCGGAGCCGCGCCGGCUGAGAACGGCGAUCUUGCGAUGGCGAAUGCUGGGGUCGUGGUGGAGAGGCCGCGCGAGAGGGAAUGCUCCGAGGAUGUGAGGGGUGUGGAGGAGUUUAUCAAAUGGUUUUCCGGGCCGAGGAAUAAGACUAUUCGCGAGGCGGCGGUCGGCGAUGGGGAGCUUGAGCUUGGGGAUUACCUUAACGUCUUGAAGAAGAAACACAGCAAAACGGGCGAGGACUCCAAGUACCACGGCACGAUCAUCGGCAAGGGUAACGAUGUGGGCGAGGUCCAGGUCGAGGGCGGCGACUUGCCGUCGAUCCAUACUUGGCGGGCCAAGAUGUGCGGGCCAUCACCGACGAACGCCCUGUCCGCAACAUCCCCGAACAUCAAGGAGGAGUCGAGACCGCCGAGCUCGGGGCUGAGUUCUGUGGGAGACAGGCUGGGAGACGACCGCGACAGUAUGGAUUUGUCAUAG